GCGAGAAGCGGGCCAGGUGAGCGAGCUGCGUGCGCCUGCACCUGGGAAGCUCUGUCCCAGGACCAUGGCGGGACAGGUGAGGCUGCCGCCUGGAGAGCCUUGCCAAGAAGGUUAUAUCCUAUCUCUGGUCUGUCCAAACUCUUCCCAGGCUUGGUGUGAGAUUACAAAUGUGUCACAACUUUUGGCUUCUCCUCGUAUCUACAUGGACCUGAAUUCCAGUGUAACCAACUUGAGCAUUUCUGCAAACACCGAAAGCAAAUACAGUCUCUAUGUGGGCUUGGCACUCGCCAUAAGUUCAAGUAUUUUCAUUGGCUCCAGCUUUGUACUGAAAAAGAAGGGCCUCUUACGACUGGCCAAGAAGGGAGUUACUAGAGCUGGACAAGGUGGACAUUCUUACCUCAAGGAAUGGCUUUGGUGGGCAGGAUUACUCUCAAUGGGAGCAGGAGAGGCUGUGAAUUUUGCGGCUUAUGCUUUUGCACCUGCUACUUUGGUCACUCCACUGGGCGCCCUGAGUGUUCUUAUAAGCGCAAUAUUAUCUUCCUAUUUCUUAAAUGAGCACUUGAAUAUUCAUGGGAAAAUAGGCUGCAUAUUAAGUAUACUGGGGUCAACUGUGAUGGUUAUCCAUGCCCCUCAAGAAGAAGAGGUCGCUUCUUUGCAUGAAAUGGAAAUCAAGUUGAGAGACCCAGGAUUUUUGGCCUUUGCAGUUAUCGUAACCAUGAUCUCCUUGGUCCUUAUUUUAGUCGUGGCACCCAGGAAAGGACAGACCAAUAUAUUGGUGCAGGAUUGUUCGUCCUGUGAGACAGGCACGGAGCUGCCGCCACGGGAUUACGCGCCCUGUGAGACAGGCAUGAGAGGAGGUCUUGCGGAUAUAAAAGCUAAUGUGUCUGUUAUUAGUAAAUAA